AUGACAAGUCAGGGUGGCCCUGAUUCGGCCGAGGAGAGAAGGUCGUCGGUUCCGCAGCAGCUAUCCUCGGAAGAACUGGCUGCUCAAUUGCUGGACGAGCUAUUCGGUUCCGACGACGAUUCGGAUGAUGCCAUGGGGUCUGCACUGCACACAACAGGAGGCGACCUGACUUUCGGCGAAGAUGUUGCUGUGGACGAGUCUUUUCUUCAAGGGCUUCGGGAGGACCUGGAUCGGUUUAAGGACCACGAGGUUGUGUCCAACAUCCUGGGUCAGGGCAGCGACCUGCGUGAGUUUGCACGGGAGGUGGAGGAGAAGCUGAGGCAGGUGGAGCUGGAGUCGAUUCAGGACUACAUGAAGGAGAGCGACAACCUGCUGGCACUGCACGCCCAGAUCAAGGACUGCGACCUCGUGCUCACCCACAUGGAGUCGCUCCUUGGGGGCUUCCAGGCGGACCUAGGAGCAGUGAGUGCAGAGAUCAAGGACCUACAGGAACGCUCCAUGGGAAUGGCUCAGCGACUCAGGAACAGAAGGGCAGCAGAGGGACGGUUGGGGCGGUUUGUGGAGGAAAUGGCAGUGAGUCCGGAUCUGAUCGACACGGUGGCGGAGGGCGAGGUGGGCGAGGGGUACAUGCGCGCGCUGCAGGCGCUGAACCGCAAGCUGCACUUCGUGGCCGAGGAGCCAAGCGCCAGGUCAUCUGCUGCUAUGAGGGAUGUGCAGCCGGAGCUGGACCGCCUGCGAGUCAAGGCAGUGAUUAAGGGGAGGGAGUAUCUGAUGCAGAAGAUCUACGCUCUCCGCAAGCCCAAGACCAACAUCCACAUUCUGCAGCAAAACGUGCUCCUCAAAUACAAGUACCUGGCGGUGUUUCUCAAGGAGCAUGGGCGCGUGGUGUACACUGAAGUCAAUAACGCGUACAUAGACAUCAUGAGCAAGGUGCUCUCUCUCCACCUGCGCACCUACAUCUCGUCUCUGGAGAAGCUUCAGCUCGACAUUGUCUCACGAACAGACUUAAUCGGCGUCGAUGACAGCAACAAGCUCGCUCAGACCAUCUUUGGCCGUGCAGGGAGGGACCUUAAGAACCGGUCGGCUGUGUUUUCAUUGGGCAGCAGAGACCAGGUGCUGAGGGAUGUGGAGGAGCCGGCGAUCAUCCCACACAUAGCGGAGGCGGACAAGAGCAAACACCCCUACGAGGUGCUCUUUCGAUCACUGCACAAGCUUCUCAUCGACACGGCCACUUCCGAGUUCCUUUUCUGCAACGAGUUCUUUGGAGACGACUCCACCUUCCAUGCAGUCUUUGCAGGUCCCUUUGCUGUAAUCGACGAGCACUUUGCAGCUGUUCUUCCCAACUGUUAUGAUGCCAUAGGGCUGCUGCUCAUGAUCAGGAUGACUCGCCAGUUCCAGGACAUCAUGAAGGCGAGGAAAGUCAACUGCUUGGACCAGUACUUUGACAAGGUGAAUCUGCUGCUGUGGCCGCGCUUCAAGCUGGUGUUCGACCUCCAUCUAGCCAGCCUGCGCCAGGCCAACCCGCGCGCCCUCUGGGACCAGGACGUGCACCCGCACUACGUGGCGCGGCGCUACGCCGAGUUUGCCGCGUCGCUCAUGAAUCUCAGCACGGGGCAGGGCGACGGGCAGCUGGAGAUGAAUUUGGACCGGCUGAGGAGCGCUGUGGACCAUCUGCUGGUGGAGAUAUCGAGGCUCUUCCCCAAGCCCAAGCAGCGCACCGUGUUUCUCAUCAACAACUACGACCUCAUUCUGGCCGUGCUCAAGGAGGCGGGGUUGGAGGAGGGCAAGACUCAGCGCCACUUUGCAGAGCUGCUCAGCUCCUUCUCCACCAUCUUCGUGGAGGAGGAGCUACACGAGUACUUCAGGGGACUUGUUGACUUUGUCAAGAAGAGAACAGGCACAGGCGAUGAAACAGCAGAUGCAGUGGCGGCGCGCAGCAGCACCGGCAGCACGGCAGGGCGACGGGUGGAUGCGGCUCCCAUCACAGCCAAGGAGGUGGAACCGCACCUCAAGGACUUUGCUGUUAGAUGGAAGGCCACCAUAGAUUUGAUUCACAAGGAUAUAAUCACCAACUUCAGCAACUUUGUAUGCGGCAUGGACAUCCUGAGAGCCGCUCUCACCCAGCUGCUGCUCUACUACACGCGCCUCUCCGACUGCCUCAAGCGAGUGGAGGGAGGUGCCUCACUAAUGAAGGAUGUGGUGUCCAUACCAUCGAUCAUGUACGAGAUCCGCAAGUACAGCCUCACGUUCUAA